UGAAUCCCGCGCGUGUCCGUGUCUGAUGACCCGGGGGUGUGAUGCAGGAGCCCGCGGAGACUCUCCCAUCCGCCGCGUCUCCAGAUGGCACGUUUUUCCUGAGUUUGGAGCGUAAAUCCUCGCGCUGUUUCCUUUUGCCAUGAAUAACAGAAGCCUUUGCACAGAUGGCCCCUGUAUACGAAGGUAUGGCCUCGCAAGUGCAAGUCUUCUCCCCCCACACUCUCCAGUCAAGUGCCUUCUUUAGCGUAAAGAAACUGAAGGUGGAGCAAAGUUGUAACUGGGAUAUGACAGGGUACGGCACGCACAGCAAAGUCUACAGCCACAACAGCAGUAAGAACGUGUCUGCGGCCGGCGGGCCCCUGGGGAUCAACGGCUCCGCUCUGCCCUACGAACAGGCGCUCAUCUUUCCUGCCAGCGCGGGCCACAUCGUGGUGGCCUCGGCCAGCAGCACUUCUGGGGCGGUGGGCUCUGUCCUGGGCAGCGGAGGCGGAGGUAGCAGCAGCAGCAGCAGCGCGGGCGGCGGCAGCGCGCUCCACAACCUGACGCGGCGUAGCACUGUCAGUCUCUUAGACACGUACCAGAGAUGUGGGCUUAAACGCAAGAGCGAGGAGCUAGACAACAACAGCAGUGUGCAGAUCAUCGAGGAGCACGGUCCAUCCAUGAUCCAUAACGGAGCGGCCAGCGGAGCCACGGUGGCCACGGCGGCCACCGCCACCUCCACCGCCACCUCCAAAAACAGCGGCUCCAACAACGAGGGAGACUACCAGCUCGUGCAGCACGAGGUGCUCUGCUCGAUGACCAACACGUACGAGGUGUUGGAGUUCUUGGGGCGAGGGACGUUCGGUCAGGUGGUCAAGUGUUGGAAGAGGGGCACCAACGAGAUCGUCGCAAUCAAAAUCUUGAAGAACCACCCGUCGUACGCGCGGCAGGGCCAGAUCGAGGUCAGCAUCCUGGCCCGUCUGAGCACAGAGAGCGCAGACGACUACAACUUUGUGAGGGCCUACGAGUGCUUCCAGCACAAGAACCACACGUGCCUGGUGUUUGAGAUGCUGGAGCAGAACCUGUACGACUUCCUCAAACAGAACAAGUUUAGCCCUCUGCCGCUCAAGUACAUCCGCCCCGUGCUGCAGCAGGUGGCCACGGCGCUCAUGAAACUCAAGAGUCUGGGACUGAUCCACGCUGACCUAAAACCAGAGAACAUCAUGCUGGUGGACCCCUCCAGGCAGCCGUACAGGGUAAAGGUCAUCGACUUCGGCUCAGCCAGCCACGUGUCCAAAGCAGUGUGCUCCACCUAUCUCCAGUCCAGAUACUACAGAGCGCCGGAGAUCAUUCUGGGGCUGCCGUUCUGCGAGGCCAUCGACAUGUGGUCCCUGGGCUGCGUCAUCGCCGAGCUCUUCCUGGGAUGGCCGCUCUACCCCGGAGCGUCAGAAUACGAUCAGAUCCGGUACAUCUCGCAGACACAGGGCCUACCCGCGGAGUAUUUAUUAAGCGCUGGGACGAAAACAACCAGGUUCUUCAACAGAGAUUCGGAGUCGACGUACCCGCUGUGGAGACUCAAGACUCCGGAGGACCACGAGGGCGAGACCGGGAUCAAGUCCAAGGAGGCUCGCAAGUACAUCUUCAACUGCCUGGACGAUAUGGCUCAGGUGAACAUGACAUCAGACCUGGAGGGCAGCGACAUGUUGGCGGAGAAGGCCGACCGCAGGGAGUUUAUCGACUUGUUGACAAAGAUGCUGACCAUCGACGCAGACAAAAGAAUCACGCCCAUCGAAACGCUCAACCAUCCCUUUGUCACCAUGUCCCAUCUGCUGGAUUUCCCCCACAGCACACACGUCAAGUCGUGCUUCCAAAAUAUGGAGAUCUGCAAACGCCGCGUGAACAUGUACGACACCGUGAACCAGAGCAAGACGCCGUUCAUCACCCACGUGGCCCCCAGCACCUCCACCAACCUCACCAUGACCUUCAACAACCAGCUCAACACUGUGCACAGCCAGGCCACCAACCUGGCUCCCUCUUCCACCACCAAUGCCACCCUUUCCUUUGCCAGUCCCGAUGUCUCCAUACUAAACUACCAAUCUGCACUCUACCAGCCCUCCGCAGCGUCCAUGGCGGCCGUGGCUCAGAGGAGCAUGCCCCUCCAGGCGGGCGCCCCUCAGCUCUGCGCCGCCCGGCCCGACCCCUUCCAACAGGCGCUCAUCGUGUGUCCCCCCGGCUUCCAAGGGCUGCAGGCGUCCCCUUCCAAGCACACCAGCUACUCCGUGAGGAUGGAGAAUGCUGUUCCCAUAGUGACGCAAGCCCCCGGUGCCCAGCCUCUGCAGAUACAGCCCGGCCUCCUCACGCAGCAGGCCUGGCCCAGUGGUACGCAGCAAAUCCUUCUGCCUCCAGCCUGGCAGCAGCUCACCCACACCUCAGUCCAGCACGCCACCGUCAUCCCCGAGACCAUGGGCGGCACCCAGCCCCUCGCCAACUGGAGGAAUUCCCAUCCCCACGGCAGCCAUUACAAUCCCAUCAUGCAACAGCCGGCCUUGUUGGCGGGUCACGUCACGCUCCCGUCCAACCAGACGCUGAACGUGGGAGUCGCUCAUGUCAUGAGGCAGCCCUCCACCAACAACAACUCCUCAUCCAAGAAGAACAAGCAGCACCAGAUGUCCACCAGAAACAUGUCGUCGUACGAGGUGUCGUCGUCCCAGGCGGUGCUCUCGCCUCAGCGCUCUAAGAGAGUGAAGGAGAACACCCCUCCUCGAUGUGCCGUGGUGCAGAACGGACCCUCCUCCAACUGCCCCGCGUCCCAGGGCUGUGGCGGCGGAGGGUGGGGUCAGAGUCAGCCCGAGCAGGCGUCCAGCACCACCAGGGACCACCAGAGCCACGUACCCCGACAGACCAUCAUCAUCCCGGACACGCCCAGCCCUGCGGUCAGCAUCAUCACCAUCAGCAGCGACACGGACGAGGAAGACGAGCACAAGCAAAGCAAUAGCUCAUCUUCAAAACAUAGAAAGAACGUCAUUAGCUGCGUGACGGUCCACGAUUCCCCGGAGUCCGACUGCUCCAGCCACAACAGCCCGUACGCCGUGGAUUCCCGGACCGCCGCCAACAACAACAACAAUCAAAACAAUCACACGUACGACACCAAGACCACCAUCCUGGACAACUACAACAACGGCAACCCCCGCACCAUCAUCAUCCCCCCCCUCAAGUCACAGAACAACGAGGCGUCAACCAACGAGUGCGAACGCCUCAUGCCAGAACCUAUGAACCAUCAGAACUCAUCGUACAAAUAUAAAACCUCCAACGGCGUCGUGUCUGGCAGUAAUCACAUACAGGGCGGAGUCCCGGGAGGUGGAGCCUAUCGUCAGCAGCGCACAGGGCCACACCCACUUCAGCAACAGCCGCUUAAUCUCAGCCAGGCGCAGCAGCACAUGGUCGCCGAGCGCAACGGAGGUCACCGUCGACAACAGGCCUACAUCGCCCCCACCAUCGCCCCCCAGCCGCCCUACUCAUUUCACCACAACAGCCCCUCCCACGCGCCCAACGUCCACCCGCACCUGGCCGCGACGCACCUGUCCAGCCAGCCUCACCUUUACACCUACGCGGGCCCCACGGCUUUAGGCUCCACCGGGACCGUCGCCCACCUGGUGGCGUCGCAGGGGUCCGGGCGGCACGCCGUCCACCAGCACGGCACCUACCCCCCCGGCAUCGUUCACCAGGUGCCCGUGUCCAUGAACCACCGGGUGCUGCCCUCGCCGACGCUCCACCACGGCCAGUACCAGGCUCAGUUUGCACAUCAGGCCUACAUCAGCGCCUCGCCCGCCUCCACGGUCUACACUGGAUACCCGCUGAGCCCCACCAAGGUCAACCAGUACCCGUACCUCUAGAGACCACCACGACUGUGCUCCAAACGGGCCACUGGCUGCGGGACGGGUGUUUUAUUUCCACCAAACGAUACGAUAUCCCAUAGAAACGCUGUAUUUCUCGAGCUGGGGGUGUUUUACAUGCACCUCUAUGGGCGGUUCAACAGUUGCCGUGGUGACGCAGUGUACACGUAAACAA